AUGGUGCUCGACAGCAUUGAACAGUACAGCAACACUGAAAUGAGCGCCGCUUCCGAGAGUUGCGCCUCACUCGAGAGUCUCGCCUACCCCCAAGAGUUUUGCACCAAGCCGGUGAUCGUCAGCGAAGAGCAGCAGGAGCAGAUGAUGUUUUACCAGCUCAUGAAGAUUCUCCCCCGCGACUUCUUGCCUGCCAACGCCGAUCCCAUCGACGUCCUGAUGAGCGCCUCGAGAUACAUCCGCGCGCUGCAAGACAUGCAAGCUCAACUCAGCUCAAGCUGCUCAGCGUAA